AUGCCCACAGUCACGCUUGGACAAACCGCCGGCCCGGCUCCGGUGUUUCGUCGCUUUGCAGGAGGGGGGCCGUCAGGGGGCGGGCUGUUCAGAAAAAGGCAACGGGAUGGUCACCUCGGAAUCGAGCGCGCCCGCCGGUGCAUCGCACAAGAGGUCCCGCCCCCUGGUCGGAGUGGUGAACCACUUGUCGCGUUGCGCCGACCGGAGGGAGGUCCCUUCGGGGAUGGGUGCGGCAGUGCUCCCCUCCCAUGUCAGAGGGACUUUGUUAAGUUAGAAGAGGACCCGGACGAGAUCCACACUGGAGAUCAAGAAGUACAUAAAAACAAGAAAGUCAUAAGCUAA